UUUUCCAAUAGUACCAAAUUUUAUUUUAAAUUCAACAAAUGAAGAGUGUAUUAAACAUAGUGUGAUUUAUUUGGAAAAUUUUCAAAAUUAUACAGAAUGGGCAUUUAAAAUGUGGGAUGCAUCAUCUAAAAUACCUGUUGGGCAAAUGGUAUCAAAGUCAAUUAAUAUUGGCCAUUUCGACGAAUGCUUAGAUAUAGAAAAUGCACCAUUUGAAACACAGUAUUGUCUUAUAGAUAUUAAAUUAAAUUUGGAAAAAUCAUCUAAUAAUACUGAAAGAACUGUAUUUGAUUCCAUACUGGCACCACACGAUGAAUUUCGAAAUUGGCGAAAUUUGUAUUCAAAUGGAAUAUGUUUACCAAAAUCUUGUGAUUAUAAUACAUUAAAAACUUAUUUGAAUAUUUAUUUUGACAAUUACUCCUUAAACAAUGAAUUUAAUAUUACAUAUGAAGUAUCCUUUCCACCAAAUGCGUGUCAAUCAACAAAGCAAACGGAAUAUGACGAGUAUGAUAUUGCCUUUUGUGUUCUAAUUUUGGGAUUUGCAACAUUGGUAAUUGUUUCCUCAAUUUUACGAUCUUAUUUAAAUUUGAAGCCAGGUUCAACGGCAGAAAUUAUAAUUCGUUCAUUUUCAUUGUCACAUACAAUUUAUGACGAUUUAUUAAAAAUUGAUGAUAGUAAUUUAAAAUAUUUACAUGGAAUUAAAGUGUUUGCAUUAACUUGGGUAAUAUUUGGUCAUUGUGCGGGGUUUACACACGCAGGAGUUGUGUAUGACUACUCAUAUUCAGAAAAUGUUUAUAGCUAUUUAUACAACUAUCUUUUUAUGCGAGGAGAUUUAUGGGUGGAUACAUUUUUUAUUCUUAGCGGAUUACUUUUAUCGUACACAUUAUUAAAACAAUAUUCAAAAACAAAAAAGUUAAAUUUAAUAUUGAUCAUAAUCUUACGAUACUUUAGGUUGACACCAUUAUAUGCGAUAAGCAUAUUUUUCUUUGCCACAUUGCUAAGUAAAAUGGGUGAUGGUCCAAUGUGGCAUGUUAUUGUAGAUGGUGAAAAACAAUUUUGUCGAGAAAAUUGGUGGACAAAUUUACUGUACAUAAAUAAUUAUGUGAAUAAUGAUAAAACAUGUAUGGUCCAUACGUGGUACUUGCCAUGCGAUAUGCAUUUCUUCAUAAUUGGAUUGUUUAUUGUUCAAGUAAUGCAGACAAAAUAUUCAUCUGGGCGUAUUCUACUUAUUUUUGGAACUCUAAUAUCCAUGAUCAUACCAGCACUUAUAACCUAUUUGAAUAAUUUAGCACCCGUUAUAAAAUUUUCAAUCGAUUUCGUUCAACAUCCAAGAGAUAAUGAAAUAUUCACUAAGCGUUAUAUUCUAAGUCAUUCAAGAAUGACUCCAUUUCUAAUUGGAAUCUUUGCUGGAUAUAUUUUAUUCAGUCGAAAAGAUAUACCAAUUAAAUUUAGUAAGAGAGUCUCAAUUUUAUUAAGCUCAUUAUCAUCAUGUACAUUAGUUGCACUAUUAAUUACUACUCGUAUAUUAUAUGUGCCUUAUUUUUCGCAUCCAAUGAUAUCAGCUCUUUAUGUUGGACUGAAUAGACUAGUAUGGUCAUGUGCAACGGUGGUUUUUAUAUUCUGUUUACAAUAUGGACAAUUAAAUACUGUCAAAAACAUGCUAUCUUGUAAAAUUUUAGCCGUUUUAGGUAAACUGACGUAUGCUGUAUAUUUGUUACAUCCAAUUUAUUUAAUUUAUGUAAUGGGAAAUCAAAAGGUUCCCUAUACUCAAGGCGAUAUUGCUCUGUUAAAUAUUGGACUCCAAACUAUGACGAUUGCCUACAUUUUAGCAUUUUUUGCAUAUAUAACAAUCGAAGCACCAUUAAGAAACAUUUUAAAAGCAAUCUUUCUUAAACCAUCUAAAGAAGAUCGUACAAAUAAUACGUUAAAUAUUGUAACCGCAAUA